AUGAUCGAUCCCGUGACACAGAUAGUAGCACCGUCUGGUGAAGAAGCAGAAAGACGACAAUCUACGACCACUAUGAGUCUUGGUAUGGAGCUUCAGAGUGAAGGUGGGAUUACGAGCCAUAAGAGCACGACGCAUUUGCAAGGUGUAGAAGCUAUAGUUGGUGUUUUAGCUAAUCCUGCUAACUCGGUGAAUUUGAAUUCGAAUAUAUUUACUAGUUCUACGGCUGUGGAGGAGACUAAUGGUUCAUUAGUUGGAGGCACAGGCGGCGGCAUGCACCAGCAGUCUCAGCUAGUGCAGCCUGAGCCAAGGUAUGGGGGUGUUUCUAUCAGUGAGACGCCGGCUAGUUGCAACCGGCUAGUGUUGGAUAACAGUGCAGUUGACAAUCAAGUGCCUAGUAAUGAUGGUUCGGCAAACGUAUUUAAAGUUGGGGAUCCGGCUCCGACCACUGUUAGACUAAACCAACAACUUGAGGAAAUCAAUGCCAGGGUAAUUCUGAUGGAACAGACUGUUAGUAAGUUGCUGUACAAUUUUGAACAGCAGCACAGCACAAUUAACGCGGUAAGAUCUGAGAAUCAGGAGUUUACCCAGUCAAUAUUGAAAGAACUUCGAGAUAUAAAGAACCAGUUACCGAUUGUAGAUGAUCCAGAGAAUAAUGAGAAGGAUCGAUUCGUUACUGAUUUAUUAAAUUCAAUUACUAAUGUUAGCAGUAAUUAUCUCAAGAAAAUAACAUCCAAAAAUGUACAACAGUUUAAGAGACAGCGUGAUAUAAUGAGCACUGGCGAUAUUCCAAGCCUAAAUAAUUUACAGCAGAUACCAUCGUUUCUGUCGGAUGUAAUAUGUCAAUAUCCUACACAUUCAUCCAAUGGACACUUUAACACCAAGAAUAAGACGGAAUUCAUUUUGGACCCCAAUGCGAUCAAGAAAAGGAGAAGGGUUUCAGUACAGAGGCAACCACAUCAACAGCAGCAGCAAUAUCAGCAACAGCCACAACAACAACAACAACAACAACAACAACAACAACAACAACAACAACAACAACAACAACAACAACAACAACAACAACAACAACAACAACAACAACAACAACAACAACAACAACAACAACAACAACAGCAGCAGCAGCAGCAGCAGCAGCAGCAGCAGCAGCAGGAUGUACCUCCACCACAGAUACAGUCCUUGGAAAACGCCCAACCUGAAGUUCAACCCCAAAAUAUUAGUAACACUUUGCCUCAAUCGGAGUCACAUGCAGAAACGAAACCAGGAUCUGUUUCGCAAAGUGGAGACACAGAACCCUAUAUUGAAAAUGUUCCUUCUUCAAUUCAGAAUUACCUUUUAGGACUACCUACAAAUUUAGGUGUAGAUAGUCUUGGCAGACCCAUUCCUCAAACGUCUGCAUUGGCGGAGCAUAAAAAGAACACACAUUCCACGAUAAAUAACAACUUAAGGAGAAAUACAGGUUCCGGAUUUCAAAUAGGUUCUGGUGAUGAUGAGAAUGAUAUUGAAGAUUUUUCUGGUGAGGAAGAAGAUGGCUAUUUAGAAGAUGAUGAAGGCGCCAGAAGUCAAAGCCAGCGUACUGCAACGACUGAUGAUGAACCAUUUCAAGCUGAAAACGAAGAAGAAGAUGAAAUUGAAGAUGUCAAAUUUGUGAAGGCGCCCAGGGUAUUAUCACCAAGUAGGGUUCAUAAAUUUGCUAAUAGCGGUAGUCAAGUUAGCGUCAGCGGCACCCCAGAAACCCAUAGACUGAUACUGAAAAACAAUGCCAAACCAUAUUAUUUGAGCAACAAAAAAAUGCACGGCAGAACAUCUUCUUUGCUCGAUCCAACUGCUGAAGAACGUUUGAUGAAUUCUUUAGAAUAUACAAUGAUCAAGGCACCUGACAGUGUUCAAGCAAUUUGGGAUGAGUAUACGAUCGGUGUCAGUGGUAGACCUGCCAUUAGAUAUUUAGAACAAAAGUAUGGGAAUAAAUGGAGGAUCACAAGGAAUAAGAAAACAUUUGCUAGAAGGAAACGCAUCUACAAGUUUAUCUUAAAUGGCAUUAAGAAAGGGAAAAGCGACGGCGAGAUGAUAGAAGUUUUGGAAACGAGGAGAUUAUAUAAAACGGAUGACGGGCAGGUAAAGAAGCGGACUAUUGGAUGGCUACAACAGAGUCUUUCCGGGAUAUGA